CUGCUUUCGGACGCCCUCUCGCAAUGCGCAUGCGUAUUCAAACAAGCGAUGUCAAACCGCAGAAGCGAAGCUGUUCGUGUCAUAACUACCUCAUGAACUGGUGAAUGGACAGGUCUGGUUCGGAUCAGACGGUUAUCGCUGAAGGGUUUAUUAAAAACAAAAAGCCUAAAAAAAAGGCAACAUGUUUGGCAAAAAGAAGAAGGCACCGAUGCCCAAAGGACAGGGCGCUGCUGCGGCCAAGCAGAUGGGGUUAUUUGUGGACUUGAACCCAGAGGAGAUGAUGAUGGGUGCAGAGGAAAACCUAGACGACCCGGAUCUGGAGGCUGAACUUGCUGCUCUUACUGGAAAUAAAGCAGCUGCUAGAGGAAAAGCCAAGCCAAAGGGGAAAAGCCCUCUGCCCAUGGAAGACAUCGCAAAAAUGGCUGACGAGUGCAUGCGAGACGUGGAUGAGGAUGAUGACGACGACAACAUUGAAGAUGAUGAAGAUCUUUUGGCCGAGCUCCAGGAAGUGGUGGGCGACGAGGAAGUCGGGGACGCAGCAACUCCUUCCUCCACAUCCUCCGCCUCUGCUGACUCUUCUCAAGUCGAAACAGUCGAGCCUCCAGCUGCACAGGAAGUAAAGGUCUCCACUGCGGCGCCCGGUAGCCUCCAGCAUACGCUGGAGGAGCGAGCAGAGAUGUACAAGACGGCGAUACAGAACGCAAAGUCUGCAGGAGAGACAUCUAAAGCCAGAAGAUACGAUCGGGGUCUGAAGACUCUGGAGUCGAUGAUAGCCGCUGUGAAAAAGGGAAAGCCUGUAAACGAAUCGGAGAUCCCGCCGCCUGUAGCUACCGGAGCCCCGACCGCCGCGCCUCGACCAGCUGUCCCUUCCAGACCCGCUCCCCCCGUCCCCUCGCGUCCCGAGCGGGAGACGGAGACGACCACGCUGCCGACUGCCUCGCCCGACGCCGUCACACCCAGCAGCGAAGAAGAGCGGUCUUCUGCUGCUAGCGUACCGACUCUGAGCGACCGUCCAUCGCCUGAGGAGACUCCCGCUGAGCUGUCAAAGCCCCGACCGACAGAAUCCGAGGCGACGAAGGCGAUGCUUCUGGAGAGGCAGAAAGAAUACAAGCUGGCAGCUCUGAGAGCGAAGAAGGACGGAGACAUGGAGCAGGCGAAGCUUUACUUCAGGACCAGCAAGAACUUCGACGCAGUGAUCGAGGCGUUGGAGAAAGGACAAGCAGUCGACCUCAGUGGCCUUCCUUCACCGCCUGGAAAAGGUGCAGGAGGAAUCUCUGCUGCAGUGAGCAAACCUUCAUCUGAGCAAAACCUGCAGGCCUCCCACACUGUUACUGCAGCAUCUGGCCCUGCUGGCCCUUCGGCUCCCAAAGACGUCCUGGAGGCUCUGGAGCAAAGACGAGUGAAAUAUGUGGAGGCAUCAAAUCAGGCCAAGGCCAGCGGAGACGACCGCAAGGCCCGGAUGCACGACCGCAUCGCGAAGCAAUACCAGAGCGCCAUCCGGGCUCACAAAGCCGGGAAACCAGUCGACUUCGACGAGCUUCCAGUUCCUCCCGGUUUUCCUCCGAUCCCGGGCCAGAAGGUGGCAGGCGAUGAACAGGGGCUUGUCGCUACGCUGGAGGCGGCCAGCAAACUCGCUUCCACUGAUGUUGCUGAUGAAGAUGAUGAUGAAAAGGAGGAAGAGUCUAAGGUCGGUGUUUUAGAAAAGCCGAAGAAGCCGACGUUGGACGUCCCGUCAGCCGGUCCGGAGAGGAAACGCUCGCCGUCGGCUUCGCCUGACAGAAAGUCUGCAGAGGAAAACCUCUCGCCUGCAGCCGCUCAGCUGCUGGAGCUUUUGGACAGCAGGAAGAAACAGUUCAUGAAGGCGGCUCUGCAGGCCAAGCAGAAGAACGACAUGGAGCAAGCAAAGGUUUUCCUCCGCACCGCGAAGGGCUUGGACCCCAUGAUCGAAGCGGCGCGCAGCGGCAAAACGGUGGACAUCAGCACGCUGCCGUCGCCCCCUGGUGACGAGGAGGACGACUUCAUCCUGGUGCACCACAGCGACGUUCAGGUUUCAGAGAAAGCUGGCCCGGUUUACACACAACUGUGCAGCAUCCUGAAGGAGCAGCAUGAGAAAUGCUUGACGUACUCCAAGCAGUUCACUCACCUGGGGAACGUCUCUGAAACCACAAAGUUUGAGAAACUGGCAGAAAGCUGCAAGAAGAGCCUGGACGUCCUGAAGCUGGCUCAGUCCAGAGGCCUUCCUCCCCCCCAGCAUCACUUCGAGGAGAAAUCCUUCCGCACUGUGAGAAUAUUUCCAGAGCUGAGCAGCACAGACAUGGUGGUCCUCAUCGUGAAAGGCAUGAACCUUCCUGCUCCCAGUGGAGUUCAACCAAAUGAUCUGGAUGCUUAUAUCAAGUUUGAUUUUCCGUACCCCAGCGCAGAGCAGCCGCAGAAACACAAAACAAACGUCAUCAAAAACACUAACUCACCAGAAUUCAACCAGAGCUUCACUCUGUCGAUCAACCGGAACCACCGCGGCUUCAGGAGACUCGUGGCGUCGAAAGGCCUCAAACUGGAGCUGCUGCACAAAGGGGGUUUCCUGCGGAGCGACAAGCCCGUCGGGUCGGCGCUCAUAAAGCUGGACAAACUGGAGUCACAGAGUGAAAUCAGGGAAAUUGUAGAGGUGAUGGACGGCCGUAAACACACAGGAGGUCGAGUCGAGGUCAAAGUUCGCCUGCGGGAGCCUCUGAGUGGCCAGGAUGUCCAGACGAGCACCGAGCGCUGGCUGGUCAUCGACUCCUCAAAGGGUCUUUAGAUUUUUAUCCAAUUCGAAGGAGUUUCACUUGAAGGUGAAAACGGCCUCAAUCAGAAACUUUUGGGACGACAAAGAUGAGGUUCGGGGUCUCUGCUGAGGACGGUCACUGGUUCACACGGGACUGCGACCUUCACUGACCUUGGACGUCUUUAAACUUUUGCACAUUAGCGCCACGCGGCAGCGUCUUUCUGCACAGGAGACGUUUGGUGUCGUAGAGGCAUGAAGCGAUGCGACGGCUCAGACUCGGGCGCCGGUUGUCACGACUCAGUCCUGCUGAUGCCGAGGAGCUGCUCUCAUCCUGCCGGCUAACUGAAAUUCAUUUCAUAUCCUGCAGCCAAUAAUGUGUACAUAUUCCUCAUGUUCAUACGAGUCUGGGAUCGAGAACUUCACUAUGCACUAAUACCAAAGUAAUCAGAGUUGCUGUAAAAUCCUGCACAUUUGAAAUCACCUUUAGUUGCCAAAUCUGCCGCAGACGUUUGUACUGACAUUUAUGCAACAUGGCCGACGUGUUCAUUAAGCCAAGAAGUUACGAAGCAACUCGAGGUGCGACUUUAUUUUAGAGACGACUCGCUCUCAGCGCUUCCUGCUCAGACUGGACGAAUUACAUGUGUUUUGUUUACAGAGAGGAGCACAAAACCACAGGAAACCUUAGAAUAUAAAGAUAAAGUAAGGGGUCAGAGGUCACUGAGUAACUUAUCUAAGUAGCUGUCUUUAUUUAAUGUAGCUAAAUGAUUGGUUUCCUGCUUUACAUCACAGUUUAAAGGGAGAAACGAUUACCUUUGUGGCUGGAAACUGUUUAUUUUCAGCAGAAAGACUGAAAACUGUUGGAUAAUGUAAAUUAAGCAACAAAAAAAUAAUAAUUUAGAAUUAUUUUAAAGCCAUUGUUGACGUUUCAGCUCUUUCUGGUUGUUUUUUUAAAGGGCCAGUUACUGUAAAACUUAAAGUACGUCAUCUGAAAAGUUAAAAGUUGAAAAAAAUCUUUGUCACCAAGCCUCACAUGUAAAACUUUUAAUGUCUUAAAAAAUAAUAAAAUUGUCUUUUUUGCAGAAGCAUAAACUUUCACUGAACAUUUUAGAGAAAUCUAAAUUAUUCAGCAGAUAAAAUUAUUUUAACACAUUAAUAUUAAAAUCCAAAAACUAUUUGUCCCCAAAGCAACUUCUUUAAAAAUAAAUACGUUUCUAGGAACUUCUAAUCUGUGAAUCUGGUUCGCUGGGGAACUAAUAAGAUGCGACACGGCUGCCCAUCUCUCCACAGUGAGCAGGAUGAGACUGCAGCCAAAAAAUAAAUAAAUCUCCAAAGGUCAUAGUUCAAAUAAAAAUGUUUUGACAUACAGCUGUUGGUACAUUGGUGUCCAAUGUGAGGUUGGUGGGCCAUCUGUGGCCCUCAGAAUGAUUUUACAGCUGGACGCUUCUCUAAUUUUUUAUAAAUUAAAAAUGUCUCACCUCACAAUAAAUAUAAAAGGAAAAUAAUACAUUUUUCACAAAUUCUCAGUGAGUUUAUGCUGCUGCAGUAAAAUAACUUUUGAAAAAUAAAUAUUAGUUCUGAUCACAGGAGUUUGUAUCGACAAACUAAAUCAGUUGAUUACAGAUUUUUGUUUUCUGAAAAGCCUGAGCGCGGAGAAGCUGUUAAAUUUGCGUACUGGCCCUUUAAAUCUCCCAGCUGAAUGAAGCCAUAAAACCUGCUGAGCCAAGUGAGUUUGGUCGCUACAUUUCAGUUUUUGUUUUUAUUCUGUGCAGAAAAGAAAACUUUAAUAUAUAUUUUGUCGCCAUUUUGUUUUCUGUUGUUUAAUCGACUGCAGGUUCAUAAAAUAAUCUGUCAAUAUUUCUGUGAAGCUGCACCGCAAUGUGUGUCUGACAGCAUCUAAAACUGUAUUAGAAACUAAUAUCCUGAUCAUGGUAACAUCAAAACCAAUAAUUUUACUGUUAAUUUAAUUCUGCUGCAUAAACGUUUUCCUGCAAACAAAAAAAA